GUCACUCCCUUUGUUAAAAAUUUUUUUUAUUUCCAAAAAUUGUGUCGCCAAACACGAGGUUCCAUCUUCAAGUCUACAAGACUCCGACAAACAAUAUCAAUGGAAGUAUGAGAUCGUAAACUCUCCAUCAAUUCAUCUUUAUCACAUCAUAGUUCACAAGUCACACUGUCACAACAAUGGCGGCUGCAAAGAAAUCCAUUUUAAUCUUCUUCAUUCUCUUCUUUUUCUUUCUCUAUAAUUCCCCAUCAAUUUUUCUAAAACACCCAUUUCAUCCCAGAGACAUUCUUCCUCUUCUUCCUAAAGAAAUUUCAUGGCCGAUCUUAAAAAGUUUGAACCAGGCUGUUGAUCUUCUUCCUUCUUUUGUUGGGUCUGCAUCUUCUUCUCUUAAUAAUAGCUUACAAUGGAAAGGUGCUUGCUUUUAUGAGAAUUCUGCUUGGCUUGAGUUUAAUAAUGAAAGUGGUACUGAAUUUGGCGGCGGUACCCUCCAUAUUAAGGUUGAUAAAGCCCAUAGCUGGACUUGUAUGGAUAUUUAUGUCUUUGCAACUCCAUAUCGUGUGACAUGGGACUAUUAUUUUUUAUCUCGUGAACAUACUCUGGAGUUCAAAGAGUGGGAAGGAAAAAAAGAAUAUGAAUAUGUAAAAAGUCGUGGGGUUUCAAUUUUCCUUAUGCAAGCCGGAAUGUUGGGGACAUUGCAAGCAUUAUGGGAGGUCUUUCCUCUAUUUACAAAUACUGGUUGGGGUGAGAACUCUAAUAUUGCAUUCCUUAAGAAGCAUAUGGGUGCUUCGUUUGAGGAACGUCCACGGCCUUGGGUUACCAACAUUACGGCUGAUGAGAUACACUCUGGAGACUUCCUUGCUAUAUCAAAAAUUCGUGGGCGUUGGGGUGGAUUUGAAACCUUGGAGAAGUGGGUAACUGGAUCCUAUGCUGGGCACAGUGCUGUGUGCUUAAGAGAUUCCGAUGGAAAGCUUUGGGUUGCAGAAUCUGGACAUGAAAAUGAGGAGGGCGAGGAUGUCGUAGUUGUGCUUCCAUGGGAAGAAUGGUGGGAAUUUGAGCUGACUAAAGACAAUUCAAAUCCCCAUAUUGCACUGCUUCCUUUACAUCCGGAUUUGCGUGCCCAUUUUAACGAGAGUGCUGCUUUGGAGUAUGCAAGAAGUAUGGAUGGGCAGCCAUAUGGUUUCCACAACCUAAUUUUCAGCUGGGUAGACACUGUUGAUCGCAACUUUCCUCCUCCUUUGGAUGCCCAUCUCGUUGCUUCAGUAAUGACAAUUUGGAAUCAGAUGCAGCCUGCAUAUGCAGCAAGCUUGUGGGAGGAAGCGUUGAAUAAACGACUGGGAACUGAGAAUCUCAGUCUUCCUGAAAUUCUCGUUGAAGUUGAAAAACGUGGUUCGUCCUUUGAUAAGCUGCUUACAAUUCCCGAGCAAGAUGAUUGGAUCUACGAGGAUGGAAUAUCGGUUUCAUGUGUUGCUUAUGCUCUUGAAAUAUACAAGGCUGCUGGACUUUUCGGUUCACUAUCUAAUUCCGUUCAAGCAACCGAGUUUACUAUAAAGGAUGCCUAUUCCCUUAAGUUUUUUGAAGACGAUCCAAGUCGCUUGCCAAGUUGGUGCGAUGAUAACCACAAUGAAAAGUUUCCGUUUUGUCAAAUCCGAGGAAGAUACAGGAUGGAACUACCUGGUUACAAUUCGAUUGAGCCGUACCAGCAUAUGAACGAAAGAUGCCCAUCUCUUCCUCCAAAAUACUACAGACCAAAGUACUGUUGACAAUGCGAUUUACACGGGUAGGUUUUUGUGGAAUUUGUAACCUUACAUACUAUUCGGUACAUAGAAUAACAGCGGUGUGCUGGUUGAUGAAACCUGUAAAUAUGAUUCAGUUAGCCAUAUCAUACAGUGUACUGCUUGUACUACAACACGAUUGAUCUGAAAUGCAAUGACACGAGCUUCAUAAUACACAAAAUUUUUGAAAGUAUCAUUUUGUAUAUUGUACCUCACGAUUGUUUCUUUAAGCAAAUUUUUAGAGCCGAGGGACUCUUUUGGCUGCAUCGGUAUGAGUUGCCACUUUUCUUUCUUUUUCAGACCCUGAUCAUAGUUUUCUAUGAGCAGGAUACACUGAGUACGAUGAUGAUGAUGGCGAUUGUUUCUUUAACGAAACUCUUGUUGCUCUUUGCGACGGAAGUUAUGACUACAACAGGGGCAGAUUGCCCGCUAUUGAAGUCUCUAAGCGAAAGAAUUGCGCAUGUAGCAAACACGAAACAGUACACGGUACUCAGUAGGCAAUCAUCAAAUACAUUUCUAUGGAGAAUUAGUAUCUCAGACACACACAUUACAAGGUUUUACAAGAACUUUUACAAGGGAGAAAACAAUCAAAAGUUAAUUUCUCUUCUCUACACGAAUCAAUCUUCUAGAAUAUAUAAUAUAAAUCUUAUGCAGCGGAAAUGCAUUGUAGGGUGUGGAACAGUAAACUGGCGGGUAAAAUUGGCGACGAAUCUCUAUUUAGCCUUGGAUGGAAAAUGGUUGCCACCCGUUGCUACCUUGUAUACAUAGAAGGCGGUCAUGAAAGCACUGCAAAUAAGAUGAACAAGAACGGGAUCAGAAGCUAUCGAAAAAGAAGACAUUAUUAUUAUGGUAAAUGAAGAAAAUUUUACGCUCGAGUAAUUAUAUUCCACAAAAUGAGACAUCGAUAAUUGAGAUGUAGGAUAUUAUAUGGGUGUUUGGCAAAAUAGCUUCUUGUACAGUUUUAGCUUAUUUAGGAACAAAAUCAACUGGAGAAAUCAGUCACUCUCAGCAGUUUGUCGGUUUAUAGCCGUUUGUUGUGUUUAUUUGCGGAACCCUGGAUUUUCUUAAGCAUAAUUUUUUGCAGA